AUGGCGAUCAAAGUAACAAAGCUAUGUUCCCUUCUCUUCCUCCUUUCCCUCUUCCUUCUCUCUACUACCUUAUCUCUCGCUGAAGUUGAAAUUAAUCAAGAAGAAAAUCAGCACGAUCCUCGCAGACUAACCGGACGAUGCCGGAUGCACUGCCUACGACAGGAGAGUGACCCAGCCCAACGACAACAGUGUAUGAGACGUUGCGAGGAGAGAUCUGAGGAAUGGGGUCAGAACGAGGACGAAGAUAACCAGUAUGAUCACCGCAGAGGAACCCGACGAUGCCAGAUGCGCUGCCUACGACAGGAGAGUGACCCAGCCCAGCGACAACAGUGCAUGAGACAUUGCCAGGAGAGAUCUGAGGAGUGGGAUCAGAAGGAGGACGAAGAUAACCAGCACGAUCAUCGCAGAGGAACCCGACGAUGCCAGAUGCGCUGCCUACAACAGGAGAGUGACCCAGCCCAGCGACAACAGUGUAUGAGACGUUGCGAGGAGAGAUCUGAUGAGUUGGAUCAGAACGAGGAUGAAGAUAACCAGCACGAUCAUCGCAGAGGAACCCGACGAUGCCAGAGGCACUGCCUACGACAGGAGCGUGACCCAGCCCAGCGACAACAAUGUAUGAGACGUUGCGAGGAGAGAUCUGAUGAGUUGGAUCAGAACGAGGACAAAGAUAACCAGCUCAAUCCUCGCAGACCAGCCCGACCAUGCCAGAGGCGCUGCCUACGACAGGGGCGUGACCCAGCCCAGCGACAACAAUGUAUGAGACUUUGCGAGGAGAGAUCUGAUGGGUUGGAUCAGAACGAGGACGAAGAUAACCAGCUCAAUCCUCGCAUACCACCCCGACCAUGCCAGAGGCGCUGCCUACGACAGGAGCGUGACCCAACCCAGCGACAACAGUGUAUGAGACGUUGCGAGGAGAGAUCUGAUGAGUUGGAUCAGAACGAGGACGAAGAUAACCAGCACGAUCCUCGCAGACUAACCGGACGAUGCCAGAUGCGCUGCCUACGACAGGAGAGUGACCCAGCCCAACGACAACAAUGUAUGAGACAUUGCCAGGAGAGAUCUGAGGAGUGGGAUCAGAACGAGGACGAAGAUAACCAGCUCAAUCCGCGCAGACCAGCCCUUCAAUGCCAGAGGCGCUGCCUACGACAGGAGCUUGACCCAGCCCAGCGACAACUGUGUAUGAGACGUUGCCAAGAGAGAUCUGAGGAGUGGGAUCAGAACGAGGACGAAGAUAACCAGCACGAUCAUCGUAGAGGAACCCGACGAUGCCAGAUGCGCUGCCUACGACAGGAGAGUGACCCAGCCCAGCGACAACAAUGUAUGAAACGUUGCCAGGAGAGAUCUGAGGAGUGGGGUCAGAACGAGGACAAAGAUAACCAGCGUGGUCCUAGGGGAGAGUACCAACAACAAUGUUAUAGGCGUUGCUGGGAGCAGGAGAGAGACCCUCAUCAACAACAUCAGUGUCAACAACGCUGCCAAGAGAGAUCAGAAGAGGGCAGAGGGUACAAUGAGGACAAUCAGCGUGAGGAGACAAAUGAAGUCCAGUCGAGCAAGUGA